AGCAGGAAACGGUGCUCUUGCUUGGGGAGGGGAACUUCCGGUUCCGGCCGGGCCUGUGUGAGUUGCAGCCUGGCAGUGCCCCCCUGCCCCCACCCGUGAGGGAGCAGAAACGCCCCCCGCGUAUCCUGGGGGUAAGGGAAGGGCCAGGGGGCAUCCCCCGCUCCAAUCUUGCUACCCAAGGACCAGCCCCUGCCUGGGGCGCGGAGGAGGCUGGGGCAGCGCCACACACCGGCAGUGCCCCCUCCUGGGUGGAGAUGGAAGCCAAUGCAGCAAGCGAUGAGGGUGUGCAUUUCCAGAGCUACCCUUUUGACUUCUUGGAGUUCCUGAACCACCAGCGCUUUGAACCUAUGGAGGCCUAUAACCACGAACACGCCAAAGCUGUCGCUGCCCUCCCUUGCCCACAGCCGCAGUAUGAAUAUGCCCAGCCACCAACAGCUGCUCCGCCUGCUCACUUUGACCGUGUCCCUGCCACCAUUGGCACACCUAAACCCAAAGCUGAGGGCCCGUCCUCCUCUUCUUCCUCAGCCACCUCGUCUGGUACCGUUCAAGUCAAGAAAGCUGAACCGGGGGGCCCUGCACCCCCUCCACCCCCCCAGCAGCAGCAGCAGCAACCACCAUACAGCACUCCAGCAGUGGUACCAACAGCAGGCCAGCCUCUCUUUGAUAGUACAGCAGCAGCUGCUGCCGCUGCUGCUGCUUACAACACUCCUCAGUGGGGCAUAGUGGACCUUUCUGGCCACCAGCAUCUCUUCAGCAGCCUGAAACGUGGGCAGGCUCCACCCCCAGCCACAGCCACAGCCGCUCCUGACAGCCAGGCAGGCAAGGACGAUAAGAACUAUUUCCGGCGACUGAAAUAUUUCAUUGAUCGGCGCUUCCCGUGUGGGGUGUGUCAGAAGUCAUUCAAGCAGUCGUCGCAUCUUGUGCAACACAUGUUGGUGCAUACAGGCGAGCGGCCCUAUGAAUGCACCACCUGUGGCCGUACCUAUAACCACAUUUCCAGUCUCAUCCGGCACCGCCGUUGUCACAAAGACACCGAGGAUGUUGCUGCCGCCGCCAAUGCAGCAGCUGCCAACGCAGCGGCUGUCAGUGUAGCAGCUGCCAAUGCAGCGGUAGCAGCUGCCGCCGCCGCUGCUGCCACUGCCAACACAGCAGCAGCACCUGGCGCUGAGGGAGCAGCCCAGCCUCCUGCCCAAAGUGGCAACCCGCAGUCAGUGCCUGCACCAUCUGGAGGAACAGCCCCAUCUGCGCUCAGUGCCGCCAUAGCUCAAGCCGAAGGCCCUUUUACCUGCUCUCUCUGCUGGAAAGUGUUUAAAAAGCCAAGCCACCUGCACCAGCAUCAGAUUAUCCACACCGGUGAGAAGCCGUUCUCGUGCUCCGUCUGCCAGAAGAGCUUUAAUCGCCGCGAGAGCUUAAAGCGACAUGUGCGGACUCACUCGGACCUCUUGCGCGUGCAGUGUGGGGUUUGUGGCAAGGAAUUCCGGGAUGCCUCCUACCUGCUCAAGCACCAGGCAACUCAUGCGCCCCCUGGAACUUUACCUCCACGCCCUGAGUACAAAUGCGACAUCUGCGGCAAGGGCUAUGUGGCUCCCCAGAAUCUACUCCGUCAUCGGCAGCUGCAACACGAGGGUGCCCAGCUGCCCAAGGAUGGCACCAACACCUUGCCUUAUCUGCCACCAGGGGCCUACCUCCUUCCACAAGACCCACAAGGCGCAGGCUCCGAGGGGGACACCAAGCCGACAUCGUACGGCCUCUUGGGUGCCCAUCCAUUGCUGGUGGGGACAGCGGCAGGCAAGAAUUUCUGCUGUGGGAUUUGUGGCCGUGGCUUUGGGCGACGGGAGACACUAAAGCGGCACGAGCGGAUCCACACAGGUGAGAAACCUCACCAGUGUGCAGUGUGUGGGAAGCGUUUCCGUGAAUCUUUCCACCUCAGCAAACACCACGUGGUGCAUACUCGGGAGAGGCCAUACAAAUGUGAGAUAUGCGGGAAGGUUUUUGGUUACCCGCAAAGCUUAACUCGGCACAAACAGAUUCACCGGUUGCAGCUCCCUUGCUCUUUGCCCCCCAUGGGGCCCUCACUGACUCCCAUGGGGCCUUCUCUGCCUCCACCCCCUGAGGGACUAACUUACGGCUGUUCUGACUGCGGAGAGCGCUUUCCUGAUCUUUUUCAUGUCAUGAGCCACAAGGAGGUCCAUGUGGCCGAGAAGCCAUAUCCUUGUGACGUGUGUGGGAAAUGUUUUGGUUUCAUUGAGAAUCUCAUGUGGCACAAACUUGUCCACCAAGCUGCUCCUGAGCGACUUCUACCACCAGAUGAAACAGCAGCUGCUGUUGCCCCUCUAGAGAACGGGCUAGCUAGUGGGGACAACAUGUCAUCGUAUGAAGAUCACCACCCUACCUUGCCAAGCGGAGAACGUUUCUCCUGUUCCAUUUGUGGCCAGACCUUCAAGCAUUUCCUGGGACUGGUGACCCACAAGUAUGUGCAUCUGGUGCGUCGCACAUUGGCCUGCUCAGUCUGUGGACAGAGUUUUGCUGGAGCCUAUGACCUGCUGUUGCAUCGUCGCACGCACUUGCAGAAGCGGCACUUCUCUUGCCCAGUCUGUGGCAAGCGCUUCUGGGAGGCUGCCCUUCUCAUGCGUCACCAGCGCUGUCACACCGAGGAGCGCCCGUACCGCUGUGCAGUCUGUGGGCGUGGCUUCCUGCGCUCGUGGUACCUGCGCCAACACAAAGUGGUUCACACUGGGGAGCGUGCUUACAAGUGUGCCCUCUGCAACAAGCGCUUUGCCCAGUCAUCCAGUCUGGCAGAACACCAGCGCCUCCAUGUAGUUGCCCGGCCUCAGCGUUGCCCUACCUGUGGCAAGACCUUCCGCUACCGUAGCAACCUUCUGGAACACCAGCGGGUACACCUGGGUGAGAAAGUCUACCGCUGUGACCGCUGCUCCAAGAGCUUCUUCUAUCUGUCAUCCAUUCUGCGUCACCAACGCUCCCAUGAUGCUAAGCGUGAAUUAAGAUGUGGGGCGUGCCUCAAGCUCUUCAAAGACCCCAAGUAUUUCAGCAAACACCUCCAGGCCCAUCAGGGAGGACGGCCCUUCAAGUGCAGCACCUGCGGAGAAGCGUUCUCCAAUACCUACGGCCUCAAAAAGCACCGCCACAUUCACAAGAUGGAGCGCUUUGCUGCCAUGGGGGCCCAUAAGGAACAGCCCUAAUGUUGGAGUAGCAGCAGCAGAAAAGAUGGGCGGUCCAUAUCUUGGUACUGUAGGAUGGGAAGGGAAGCUAGUUCCAGGUGCCUGUGAGCCAUGAUGGCAAGGGAGUUCCAUGUAUAGAAAAAUAAGAUGUGCUCAUUGGCAGCGAGAUGCUCCAAUUGGGCACUAACUUGGGAAGAGUCAUCAAACGAUGAGGGCAUGACCAGGACAAGCCAGGUAGAAGCCAGGAUGGAUUGUAAAGGUAGGGUGCAUAAGUAGCAAGAGGUAGCCGCCAAUUACCUGCUAGAUUUCUGCUCUCUAACAGAGUAUCUUGUCCACUCUGGAUUUCUUAACUAAUUAAGAAAGGGGAAAGGGAGAUGGAGAUAGCAAUCAUAGAAGUGACCUUUGCCUGUCAAGCAUGGCUACAGUGUUGGGGGAUGGAAGUUUCUUCCUGUUUCUCAGCAAAUGGGAGCAAAUGAGGUUAUGGUGGAAUGACAUUUUUUUCAUUUGAAGCCUACAUUCUGGAAUGGAGCAGAAACCACCCGGCAUUCCAAUUUACAAGAAGAGAUGGUGCUUCCUGUAAUCCCCUUUACCUAGAAAGAAGCAUGAGAGCCAAUUCAUUCCUUUGGGAAUGAGGCAGGAAAGACCAUGAUACAGCACUUGAGAAAUGUCCACCAAUGUUUUCUGUAAACCCAACCAUCUAAUCUGUAUUAGGUGAGCCUUGCUUGCAUUCUGAGGGAAAGACUUUAAUUAGUGUCCUUUCUUCAUAUGUAUAAAGAAAAUAGGCUAGUUGUCAGUUUUCUAAGACCUUGGAGGUAGUGAGACAUGGCUGUGAACAAUAGAAAAUUAAAGGAGUGUGCUUGAAUUGUCUAGUGUGUGGCACAAGAUGUCUAAAUGUUGUGCCAUAACAUUUCUACUAUAUUCCUGCCUCCAGAACAGUACCAGUUCAUGAUGCAGCUGGAGGAUCACAAAAACUCUACCAAAAAAAAAAAAAAAUCUCGAGCCUAGAAGGUUUCUAGCCAAGCCUCCCUGGCAUGCCACUUUCCACAUUUAGGGAGCACUGAAUGUUAAAAAGCAUUUGGAAUUGUCAUUUUUCCCAUAUGCACCCCUGAAGAAGCAAAAUCCCAGGAUAAUUGUAUUGUGUGUUUUUCUGAAUAUUCAAGUUGGCCCAUCAGGAGUAGGGAGUAGAGAGGAAGUACAAAAGUAGCCUAGGCCCCCUCUCCCUUGGGUUAGCUCUCUUCCUUCGUGCUCAGCAUUGUAGAAUUCUUCCCUAGCCUAUCACACUAUUGGACUUAAUAUAGAUGAACUCAUAUGUGAAGAAUACCUUACUUUGAGCUCUAAAGCGGAGUGUGGAUCUGGAAUGAGAGCCGUGAUUGAGUACAUUUGCUAAUGUUCUAGCCUUCCCCUCUGCCCACCACUGAAAGCUGGUUAUGAAACAGUGUGUGAGCGAGAAAUAAACUUAAUUGGUGGGCCUACAUGCCAACCAGGAUUGCACAUUGCUUUGGCUGCUCGGCUGCUCUCCUGCAUUCCCUGGUUUGAUCAAUAAACCCAUCCCUUUCCUAGCAAGACAUUGUGCAUCCACAGAGUUCAUUGAGCUAACUGCCCAGGCCUUGUAGCUCCACGGUUAUUAGAGUUGUACAGUACUUCAGGUUUGAUUCCAAAAAGGUUCUUCAAAGCACACACACAGCAUCAGGGAUUGUGUGACUGCCGGAGAUGUCUGUUUAAAAGUCACCAACAGGUGUUGUGUUCAUGGCCCCAAGCACUCAGAAGCACCUUAUCAUAAUCAAAUCUGAAGAAAUGCAUAGCCCCGUGGGAUGCAUGUUCGACCUCAGUCUGGUGGACCCUCACAGCACCCAAAGUGGAGAAUACUGACAAGGCAUGAAUAAAAAGAUCUUUGCAAACUCUGGCUUUCCCCGACACCCUCACCCCUUCCCUUCCCAAUCCUCCUUCAGCAAAUUGUAGAAGUUACAGCACACGUUUAAAUAGAUGGGAGGGGAAACUAACUUGCUAGAUGCAACCAAAGAGUUCUAAAAAACAUGCUCCCUUGUGUAUGGUGGACACUACACAAGUAUUUCCCACUUCCUUCCCCCUUUGUAACCCAAGUUGACAUGUAUGUACAGUGUAAUAGAAAGUAGAGAGUCAUGGCAGCAUUUCCACUCCAGCAAAGUAAGAGCAUAUCUCUUAUCAAAUGGCUGCACCAAAGCUCCUUGCUGCUUUUGGUCUACUGCCCACUUGCUCACAUCCAUAGUUCCCAGAUUGGUGAGUGGCAAUCAGUGAAUAUGAGGAUCCAAAGAUGUAUUUUUUAAAUUUGGUGUCCAGUGCCUAGAAGGGGGAAAGUUGCCAAAGGAUUUUUGAGCAGAAUUGGACUUUACUGAGUGCAGGUAUUUCUCAUGGCAGCCUUCCCCAAUCCCCCAGAAGUCUUGGACUACAUCAGCAACAGCUAACCACUGUCCAUGCUCAGUGAGUGCACCAGGGGAGGGGUAGUGGUGGAUAAUGGCUGUAUUUGGGGGGAGAGAAGCACCAUUAUAAAUGCUUUCUUAGAAGAGCUGCUGCAGCAUUUGGUGGCCAAAUAUUAAAAAAGGCUAGACAUAUGAUGAAGAGUACAAAGAUGAGAAAGGAGAUGGGUAGAAGGCUAAGAAUGUUUUCCAGCUUUUCAAAGAAUUUCUCUAUUGGCUCAGCGCAGGGGGCGAAUCGUGUUGUCCACUUUGAGUCAGCCCAGUUAAAUUAAUGUCUCUGUCUGAAACAUACUGGCUGCUCCUCUGUCUCCAGAAGUGAUUGAAACUGGAUGUUCCUUUUCUUGUUUUAUCUUUCUACUAAAUUGUUAAAGGUCUGAACUUGUAGCUGAAAUUCAGUGAACUAUUCUGUGGUGGUGGCUAUACCUCUGCCUGUCUUUUACAAAAACUGUUUUUCCCCAUUUAGAAUUUUUCUUCCCCGCCAUCGUAAUUUGCAAGUAGAACUGAGUUUAAUAUUAGUUUCCCUCCUCAUGCGUACUGUACCUGCUUUGUAGGAUUAGGUAUUUCUACACUGUACAUUACUUCCAGAGAAGCCCCAUUGACAGCUCCCCAAACUGGUGACUUGCUCUUACAGGAAAGGCUAUUAUUGGUUAAUAUCACCCAUUUCUUCAUCUUGGGGAAAAAUGGGUUCACAAUGACUAAUCAAUAGGUGAUGUGCCUGUUGACUGGUUUAAUAAUAGCUUCCCAAACAGACAAUGGAAUAUAAAGUGGAGAAACAAGUUGAUCAAAGAACGUACUAUGUUCCAAAAUCACUAAAUAUAUGCAUUUUUCUCAAGGAUACAGGAUUUCU